AUGUUCAACACUCCCGAAUUCGUUGCUAAAUACAAACACAACGACGAACCGUUACCUGGAGGGGUGACCAAGCGAACGCUUAUACGUAAGAUGAACACAGCAGCUAGAUUGACCCUUGGCAUUGCCACCAGGGGAAUUAGCGAGGUACUCUUUAAAACUAAAGAGGAAAGUUAUAAAUAUUACUACAAAAAUCGAUAUCUGGGUACGACAGAAAAUGAAGCUGCUCAGGCUGCAUAUACAAAAGGAGUGGAAUUAUGCAAACAAGGAAAAUUUCGAAACGCGGAAAAAUGGUUCAAUGCAGCUUAUCAAACAUGUACUAGUGACUAUGAAAACGAGGAAACAUUUCGCAAUAGUCGUCAUGCCACACAAAUUGCUACUAGUGCAUGGAAACUAUAUGAUUCAGGUCGUUUCCGAAAAGCAGCAGUAAAAUUCCAGAAAGCAUCCAAUUUAUCAAGUGUUUCAACACUUGCUGACAAAUUUUCUCAAUGCAAAGAUACUGCAACGAAUCAGGCGAAGCAACAGGGAGAUGAAUCAUCAGAAGAUGAAUCAGUAGAAGAUGAAUCAGUAGAAUAUGAAUCAUCAGAAGGUAAACAUCAAGAAACCGAAAAACGUGGAGCUGAAUCGUCGAAAGAUGAAUGUCGAGAAUUUAGACGUAAAGAACGUGAAUAUUGGGAAGCUGAAAGUCAAAAACUUCAAAAGCUGUUGGACCGAUACCAAGAACAUCAAUAUCAACAAGCUCAACGUCGCGAAGCAGACCAAAGGAAAGAAUUUGAAGCAGAUCAAAAGAAAGAAGUUGAAGCAGAUCAAGGGAAAGAAGUUGAAGGUUUGAAACUACACAAAGAAGGAACAGAUUUAUACUUGCAGGGAGAAAUGAAGAAAGCGGCACACAAACUAGAAGAAGCACUUGAGAUUUAUGGACAUGCAGCUGCAACAUUUGAUGAAGCAUUUAAAAAGACCUCAGAUAGUUUUUUUAUUUCGUAUACAAAAUUGAUCGAGGCGCUCAUGGAAAAUGGUGCCUAUGACCAAGCUGGCGAACAAUUAGACAAGCUGAAAAUUCAUUUUCAUGAUGAAGAGAAAAAACAAAUUCUUAAGAAGAUGGAAGAGUUAAUAAAUGAUGAAACUUGGUCUCCCAACUGUCUAAGUUCAAAUUUAACUAUACUAGGACGUACACAAACACAAACAAUCCAGAUCAGUAAUUGGUCCCCUUCAGAAUGA